AUGUCUACCCCGCUCUUUGACGGCAUUCCAGCUGAUAUGACACCAGAAGAGAAGGAGUUAGCUGCUUCUACUCCCAGCAUGGCCCCGCCACCUCCAGAUCUGCCACAAGCAACCGACGAAGCUCGUGCCUUUGUGAAGAAACAAAACUCAGAGAAUAAGAUCCUGGUCUGGUCGUUAGAGUAUUGCGAAUUCUGUUGGACGCUUACUCGGUUCUUGGAUCGUUUGCAGGUCCCCUAUACCCGCAUCGAUAUCGACAACUUCAAAUAUGCCAAAGACCAGAUGGGUAACAAGUAUCGUGCCUCCUUGUCUGAGAUGACGGAAUGUGUUACCUUUCCUCAAUUCUUUGUCGAUGGCGAAUUCAAGGGUGGGGCGGUGGACGCUUGCAUGAUGUGGAAAAAAGGGGAGCUCCAACCUCUCUUGGAGAAGGCAGGCGUCAAACACAACAACUUUGGUGACUACGAUGGUGAUCCCUUUGAGUUCUUGCCCAAGUGGAUGACUCAGAAUCCCUUGGGUGACAAGUAA